CGCAGUCGGCUCGCUCGGCGGUGCGCGCGCACGGGCCGCUUUGCGGGAGGACACGCGCGUCUGUCCGCCGUCCGCCGUCCUCCGCGUGAGAGGACGAGCGCAACUUCGCCCACCCGCAGCGCGACCGGGUUUCUAGAGUCGAGGGCUGGAGGAUGAGAAGCUGAGCUGGGCGAGCGGCACCCCUGCGGGAUCGGUCAGCUGCUUCGGCCGGGGUCAACCAUGGCGAAGAGCGCCGAGGUCAAGCUGGCCGUGUUCGGCAAGGCCGGAGUUGGCAAAUCAGCUUUGGUGGUGCGGUUCCUGACCAAACGCUUCAUCUGGGAGUACGACCCCACCCUCGAGUCGACAUAUCGCCACCAAGCCAACGUCGACGACGAGGUUGUUAACAUGGACAUCUUGGACACGGCUGGACAGGAGGACACGCUGCAGAGGGAGGGCCACGUGCGCUGGGGCGACGGCUUCAUCGUCGUUUACGACAUCACCGACAGGGGCAGCUUCGAGGAGGUGGCUCCGCUCAAAGGGCUCCUGGAGGAGGUGAAGAAGCCCAAGCACGUGACCCUGGUGCUGGUCGGCAACAAGGCCGACCUGGAGCACGCCCGCCAGGUGAGCACGGAGGAGGGCGAGCGGCUGGCGGCCGAGAUGGCGUGCGCCUUCUACGAGUGCUCGGCGUGCACGGGCGAGGGCGCCGUGAGCGAGGCUUUCUACGAGCUGUGCCGCGAGGUGCGCCGCCGCCGCAUGGUCCAAGGCAAAGCCCGUCGCCGCAGCUCCACCACCCACGUCAAGCAAGCUAUCAACAAGAUGCUGACCAAGAUCAGCAGCUAGGGGGCGCGCCGACGCGGAUUGGACUGCGAAGGACUUGUCGGUAGCGCGAGGGG